AUGGCCAAUAACUCUUGUCUUAUCAUUGUCUCUCUCAUUGGAGUUCUUUUUUUCACCAUCAUUUCAAACGUCGAAUCAUCUAAUGACGUCAUUUCCACCAUAUGUCCAAAAACCUCAAACCCACCAUUUUGUUCAAGUGUGUUGAAAUUUGCAGGCACUACAGAUCUAAAAGGCUUGGCUGUAUACACCUUAAACCUUGCCCAUACAAAUGCUCGCAAAUCUUUGACCUUAGCCAAGUCACUUGCAACAACCACCACCAAUCCUCAACUUAAGCAACGAUAUUCGUCUUGUGCUGAGAGCUACGAUGAAGCUGCUGGUGACAUUGAAAAUGCCCAAAAGGACUUGGCACUUGGUGACUUUAAUGCUAUCAAUAUUGUAACUUCUGGUGCCAUGACAGAGAUUGACGACUGUCAGGAUAAGUUUGGGCAGCCGCCGAAAGAUACGUCGCUUUUAAAGAAUGACAAGACUCUAAACGAUAUAUGCAGCAUUAUUUUGCCAAAAGAUACUUGGCCAUCAAGCAAAUCCAAUGGCUCUAAUUUGUCCUUGAUAUAUAUGUACGAUCUAAUGGUUCCAAAUAUUCUAGAGAGAUGUGAAAGAUCCAAUGGCUAUAAAUUAUUCUUGGAGAAAGUGUGA